UGAUGAAACUAACCCACAUCUCAAAAAGCAAAAACAUUUCCAAAAAAACAAAAACAAACAAAGAAAAAAAAAUACCAAACCCCACACACUCUUUCUUCCAAGACAUUCAAAGAACAUUACCAGAAUCUCACUUCAAAUCAAGAAAUUUUCUCUCUAAUUUUGCUUCCAGAUCCAUCCUUGGAAUCUUCAAACAUUAAAAAAAUGUCAGAAAUAUAUAACAAUACCAUCCCAAACAAUAACAACAAACAACCUCAAAUCUCCGAAAUGUUUCAGAAAUUCGCCUUAGCUUUCAAAACCAAAACCUUCGAAUUCUUCGCCGAUGAAAACCUCGACGAUUCCGACGGUUUCUCUCUCCUCGACUCCGCCGAAGAAAUCAUCACCGACCAGAAAGUCGUCGUCAUCAAACCCGAUCCUAACCCUCUCUCUUCCCCUCCGAAGUCACCGUCACCGUCACCACCGUCGCCAUCACCGUCACCACCGUCGCCGACACCUUCGAUCAUACCGAUACAAAUAGUGUUAAACGAAACGACGUCGCACGAUCUAAUCUCUUCGAUCUUCGCUGCGGUUUCGGCAUUUGAAGCUUCUUACUUCCAAUUACAAAGCGCGCAUGUUCCAUUUGUUGAAGAGAAUGUGAAAACCGCUGAUAAAGUGCUUGUUUCUCAUCUUCAGAGACUCUCUGAAUGCAAGAAAUUUUACUGUAACCCUAAUUUGUACACUAAUUUUCCGUUUGGUUCUUCGUUGGAGGCUGAAGUGGAAGAGAAUCAGAGUAAGUUGAGAACGCUUGGUACGGUUUCGAAUCGGUUGCAGUUGGAGCUUGAGAAGAAGCAUGAUGAGGUUUUUUCGCUUCGGAAAAAGCUUAGUGAGAUUCAAAAGAGUAAUGUUAGUUUGUCUAAGAAGCUUUGUAGUGGUAAUGUUGAUACUGGUUUGAGUUUGGGUUUGAAUUUGAAGCCUAGUUGUGAUGUUUUGUUGAGUGUUAGGGUUUUUGAUUCGUUGUUGCAUGAUGCUUCUAGAGCGGCGCAUAAGUUUACGAAGAUUUUGAUUGGUUUGAUGAGGAAAGCGGGGUGGGAUUUAGGUUUAGCUGCAAAAGCGGUUCAUCCUGGUGUUGUGUAUUCGAAAAAGGGGCAUAAUCAGUAUGCACUUUUGUCAUAUGUUUGUUUAGGGAUGUUUCAAGGUUUUGAUUCGGUUUGUUUCGGAUUGAGUUCGGAGAGAAAAGAGGAGGAAAAUGGGGACUUGUGUGAUUUAGAUUUGAAAGGGAGAGAUAGUUGUUUGAAGAAUUUGUUGGAGCAUGUUUCUAGCAAUCCAAUGGAAUUGCUUGGUAUUCAUCCCGGUUGUGAGUUUUCAAGGUUUUGUGAAAUGAAGUACGAGAGGCUUGUUCAUCCUUCGAUGGAGUCGUCUAUUUUUGUUGAUUUGGAUCAAAAUGAAGCGGUGUUGAAUUCGUGGAGGUCGUUGAGUAUGUUCUAUGAGGCCUUUGUCGGGAUGGCGAGCUCUGUAUGGACAUUGCAUAAGCUGUCGCAUGCGUUUGAUCCUGCUGUUGAGAUCUUUCAAGUGGAAAGUGGUGUGGAAUUCUCCAUGGUAUAUAUGGAUGAUGUUACGAAGAGGUUAACCUGGCCGAAUAAGGGAAGGGCAAAGGUGGGGUUCACUGUUUUUCCUGGUUUUAGAAUCGGGAAAGUAGUUAUUCAAUCGCAGGUUUACGUAAACAGUUUCAGUUUGACAGAGUAGUUUGCUCAGGGUUCCUCUUGUAGAAUAGACAUUCAUGGACACUUUCUAUAUUCAGACAAGGCUUCUGUUUUGGAGGAACUAAAUGCCGAUGUCGGUUCUGGUUAGUAUUGUGAAAUAGGGCUAUAAUGGGGCCAUAGGAAAUGCUAUUUAGUGCAAACUGCAAAGUGUUGUCAAAUAACGGCUAUAAUGGUUCUAUGAAGUAACGGAACUUGAAUAAACUGCAAUUUUUACGAUCCACGGUAAACAACACUUGUCCUGGUUUUAGUUUUCCAGAUUUUUUGUCGACGAAGAAGCCUAAUUGUACCGAACUACUGACAGAAGAAGACAAUGCCAAUAUUGCCUCAUGUACCUAAAGUGUUUCUGCUGGUAAUUUUCUAAUGUGUUUCUUUUCCACUCCCAGUUUUGUUUUUACGAAUUUACGGGUUUUAUAGGUCACUUGUAUAGAGUUUAAGUUUACUGUACAGAUAAUUGCUUCUUCUAUGCUGGGUACCCUGACAAAAAUACAUCAGUAACUUGUGUAUGCUACACUUAUAUAUAACAGAACAAUCAUUUCAUUAGCAUCAUAGGUACUCUUGAUCUCAACAAUAUUCUGUAAUUCGGUUAUUAUCAUGCUAGUGAUAUCUAUGGUGCAUGUUAGACUUGUUUGGGUCGGCAGUAAGUUAGACAGAAUCAUGGUAUGUCAUUGCGAUAUUAGUAGAAACUACACCGAGCUUCAAUAAAAUUGGGAUGGUACUGUGAAUUUUUGCGAACUCACAUCACCAACAUGCUUAUUUAUGAUUCGAAAUUUAGUGAA